UUUGAAUGUAAUUUAAAUUAAUCUCUGUUACGAAAGUAACUAAAAACAAUCCUGCAAUCAAAUUGCACGUACUUUGCCUAUUGAAGAGUGUAUUUGGUAUAACAAUGGCUCCGCAAACGACACGAUAUUCCAAACCGCCAAGAAAAAAUCCUAAAUUGUAUUGUCGACUGUGUUUUACUGUAAGUAACUUGAAACCAUUGGAGCAAUCAGAAGUAGCAAACGAAGUUUUCCUUCUGCCGGUCAUCUUCAAACAAUUGCAUAUCCAGUUGAUACCGGAAGAUUUCCCCUGUUCGAUAUGUACUGUUUGCCAGGAGAAGUUGGAAGAGUUAAAUUAUAGUAACGAUGACGGGCUUUUGGAUGACUGGAAGGAUGAAGGGUUACUGGAGUAUAGAAGAAUCUGUACGGCUGCUAACGAUGCGAUCCGCAAACAGAAACGUACUCCUGUGCGAGCUCCAAAGAAAGCAAAACAGCCAACAAAUAGCAACAAAAGAAUAACGCUACCAUUCGUACAUCUAGACGAUAAUAGCUAUAAGUGUACUUUGUGCGCGGAUGUGACUUUCGAUCGUAUAGAAGCCUGCGUUCAACAUUAUCAUGAAACUCAUCCUGAAGCAAAUUCGUCGAAUACUUCGACUCAAAAUUCAACUACCCAACAACAGGAACAACGCUUUGUGUGUACAGUUUGCUCAGAAAGUUUUAAUCAGAUAGAGAAACUAUUCGCACACACAGAAACACACAAGUCUUCGCAGCCGAUAUCGACGACGGAAAACCAGAAUGGCUCUGCACCUGUACCACCAACGACUACCGAACUUGCAAACUACCUUUUCAAGUGUACAAUUUGCCAGCAGGGUUUCAACGACAUCGAUGAACUGAUAGCACAUCGAGCCGAAUUGCAUGAACCUCACUUAAAGCGUAAGAAACCCAAAAAGAGCCAACCCAAGCCAGUCCCGUCCGCUAAAAGUAAACCUAGAACAAUCAUUUCAAGCGCUGAAUACAGAUGCACUUCAUGUCGUGUGAACUUCGAUGGUCCGAAGAGCUACUACUUUCAUCUGAACGUCAUGCACGAAGGCAAUAUUUGUGAUAUCUGCGGAGAAAAAUUCCCAUCGGCUUCGGCACUAACGAAACACCAGGCUUGGCAUCGUGCUUCCGGAGAACCGGAUUACAACAGUGUGCCCUCACCGUUAAUCACACAGCAGUAUUCUCCGUUUACGGCUGUAGAUAACAACGCCGCACAAGGUUUAAACACCGUUGAAGAGCAAAACUUCGAUUGUGAAAUGUUUGUUACCUGCAGCGGGUGUUUGCUGGCAUUCCGCAACGAUCUGGACCUGAACGAACAUUACCGCGAUUGCCCUGCCCAGCUAAUGAUGCCAGAAGAGGAACCUUUCGUUAUAGAAGACGAUGACACGAGAAUAGUGGAAAUAAGCGACGAUGAAUAAUAUACGAACUGAUGU